AUGGCAGAGCAAAUCAUAAAGAAGUUAAAGAGGCUGGAAGAACAAGCUAUGGCACUCCUGGUCAGAAGAACAAAGGAAAACAUGCUUGAAAAUCCAAUGUAUAAGAAGCCUUUGGCUAUACCUUUGACAUUUGAUUUUGAGAUGGAAUUUGAAGAGAAUAUUACUACACCGAAAUUUCAGGAGGUCUCAAAAGUCACUGAAGAUAAAUCGAACGUCAUUAAAACACAAGACAGGACUCUCUCUUUCAAAACAAUGCCUGAACCUACAGAGAGCAAUUUUGAAAAUUUAAAUUUAGGACCAUAUUUAGUGCCAGCAAAUAUCAAGAAAGAAGAAAGAAAGCCAAAAGAGUUUUGGGGGGAAAAUCUGAAAACAAGACCUUUCAUGCAUUUAUAUUAUAUGAAGGAUGGAACUGAGGAAGUAAAUGCUAAACCCCCUGAUACUGUGUCUUCACAGUACAAGCAAGAGCGUCAAAGAACAGUCCACCCUACAGUCUUUUCUCCUGUACCCAGCACUCUGUGUGAGGUUUGUAAGAAGGUAAAAAGGCCUGCUUUAUUUCCAGCUCAACCUGAAAAAGUAACAGGUAAAACAGCUGAUUUGGAUGAUUACUCCAAAGAUUCUUCAAACAAAAGGAGGAAACUUCCUCCACAGAUGAUUGAUCUCCGUACCAUAGAAAAUAAAUCUAUCAAAACUGAUCAGCUAUGUCAGUGUCCAGCAAGAGAGGAAUAUCCACUGGCCUUGUACUUGAAUAAUGAACCGCAGAAGGUCAGUGGCAAGAUAGUCCGUGCAGACUCAGCAAAGUCAGACGCCUCCACGGAGCAGCAUGAGUCAAAUCCCAUAAUUUUCCAUGAGACGGAAUUUGUACAAAAUUUUAUUUUGACCAAAAAUAGGCAUUUUUCCCAACCUCUUGGAAGCAGAAAUAUUUACCCAUGCAAAAGAGCAAGUACCCCUUUAGGACGACUUCGUGAAAUCUCUGAACCUUUAGCUAAUGAUCAACCUGCUACUCCUACUAACGAAAUAACUAAACUUAGAGCCUGCAAACUCAAGAGAGACACAGGAAUUUUGGAAGUGAAUGGGAAGGUUGUGGAUACACAAAGGCAGGCAACUAGUAAGCAAGCGUUAGAAAAAGUAUCGCAGAAAAAAACCCACAAUUUAUCCCAAAGUCUUUCUGAAUUAACCAAAAAAUAUAUGGGUUCCCUGGAUCAAACCAUUCUUCCAGAAACAAAGACUAAAAGUGUCAAAUAUGAAAGCAUGUUUUCUACAGAGAAACUAGUAAGCAUGCACAAAUACAGUGUAAUGCCUAUCACAUAUUGCUCCAAGCCAAUAGAUAGAACACUACAAGUACAUUUUGUAAGCACUAUAACACCACUUGAUGAAUUGAACCAAUCUGAACUCUGCCAAAUGUUCCAGCUUCGCCCCACCCUCAAGGAGCGCAAAGUCCCAGAGGAGGCUGAAAGUCUCCAGAAAAAGUUAGCUGGAGGCAAAGCAGAAAGAAGAGUUUUCCACGGCCUGUUUACUCCAGAGCUAAACCUGACAUCGCAGAAGAACUUUGAUCCUCCGCCAGAGAGCCCUAAAGAGCACUCCACAUGA